GCCAAGAUGGCGGCACCCGGGCGGCAGACACGCAGCUUGCUCGGGCUAGCGGCAAAUCUGGGCCCAGGCUUCCGUACCUACCGGGCGCCACCACCCCCGCGCCACUCGCCGGGGCCCUGGUGGCCGAAUCCGGAUGACCCACUGACUCCACGCUGGCAGCUGGGGCCGCGCUAUGUAGCCAAGCAGUUCGCGCGGCACGGCGCAGCCUCUGGGGUGGCUGCCGGUUUGCUGUGGCCGUCGCAGGAACAGUUGCGGGAGCUGGAGGCUGAGGAGAGCGAAUGGUACCCAAGCCUGGCGGCCAUGCAGGACUCAGUGCGGGUGCAGCAGCUAGCCGAGGAACAGAAGCGUAAGGCCAGGGAACAGCUUAUUGCAGAGAGCAUGGCCAAGAUGCCACAGAUGAUUGAGAACUGGAGGCAGCAGCAGCAGGAGCGCAGAGAGAAGGAGAAAGCAGACAAGGAGCGACGGGCCCGGCUGCAGGCAGAGGCCCAGGAGCGCCUGGGCUAUCACGUGGACCCAAGGAGUGCCCGAUUCCAGGAGCUGCUGCAGGACCUGGAGAAGCAGCAGCGCAAGCGCCUCAAGGAGGAAAAACAAAGACAAAAGAAGGAGGCGCGGGCUGCUGCAAUAGCUGCCACUGCAGCCUCCACGGCACCUAGCUCCUGAGCCUUUUCUUCUCAAUAAAACCUGCUGCCAAAGCGCC